AAUUGAUUAGAUCCCGAAACCAUAACCUAUCUUCCAACACCUUUGAACAAUCCACCACAAUACAAUAUCCUGUCUGCAGUCUCCGUCUCCAAACACCCAAGAUGCAUCCUCAUCUACACACUAAAGACAAUACCGCAUGCGAAGAGGUCAUGAUGGCCCUGGACGAGUGCCACGCACGGGGUUUCCUCUGGAAAUCGAUGGGAAUGUGCAAUAGCGCGAAGACGCAGGUCAACAAGUGUCUGCGAGCGCAGCGGCUGGAGAGGACGAAGAUCAAUCGCGAGAAGGCGAAGGCGAAGAAUGAGGAGAUCAGGGCGAAGUGGGCAGAAAUUGACGCGAAUUCAUAAUGGCAUAGGAGUUUCGGGGAGGGGGAAGAUGAAUGGAAUUGGGAAUCGGAUGGAAAAGCGGCAUUUGGAAUGGAGUUUGAUAUCUGGAGGCACAUUUGGCGUUCGGGAAUUGAUGGUUGUACAAUAUCAGAAUCGAGUGUUAUCUCUCCAACUGAACAACUUGGGGAAUCCAAAUGUUUCAUUCGAAUGAUACAUUUGACUGAGCGAACCCAUGUCCGCGGGAGGUUGUGCGACUUGGUAAGGACCGACCAGCACAGGAAAGGCGCGAACAUCAAGAGGUAAACAAAGCAUUUCAUUGCAAUCAAGCUAAUUCAGAACA